AUGGAAUCACGAAGCGCGCCGCCGAGCCCCGACGAGUCUGGGGGGGCGGUGUUCAAUUCACGGUGUCUGCAGUAUCCACACCAACCUUCUCUUCAAAGAACCUUCGCCAGCUGCAGGGAAUCUACCAGACCGCGACCUCAUCAUCGACAUGCGGUAUCCGAACCCGCCAGGCCGGACGAAAGGGUCUUUACCACAGCCGAAGUACACGACUACCCCUCAUCGGAGUCCGGUAUUGCGGCGGACUGCCCUCACGCCCACAGCAGUAAUGCUGACGACAGCCCUUGUUAUGACCGCUCCGAUUAUGAAGGGAAUUCGAGUUACAGUCUGAGACAUAACUUUCACCACGCGACCGAUUGCAACAAGCACCGCUCAGAGUAUCACCGAAGUCACACACCAGAUUAUCAUGAACAUGGAUCAGACAGUGACAGAGGUCACCCACGGAGUCAAACCAGUCGCCGACCUCAUAGGAAACAUAAGCGGGAAGACGACGACGGUGCGCAAUCGUUGGACGAGCGAUGCGCUCGCGAUCUUGAUGAAAUUCUACCCGCUCGACUUGCCGGAAUAAAUUUAUUACGCGAUCAACCAUCACAAUCAUGGAACCGCAGUAAUAUUGCUGCUACUAUGGAGCGAUUUGAGCCGGUCGAUUAUUCAUACGCGUAUUAUGACCAUCAUUUGUCAAUGCCUUCGUCGUCGAGAAAAGUAAAUCGUCAGCGUGGACGUGGCCUGCCAAGAGAGCGAUCGGCGCGUCACAAUUACGUAACUCGAUACGGCACGGAGGAGAAUAUAUACGAAGAAAUAACGGACGGUUCUAGAACAUGUCCGAAACAUCGACACGCCCCGAGACAAAGUCUUAUUUCAUUGGACAGAAGUGUAGUCGAAGAAGAAGUGCGUCGCGUCGAAUCUAGACAUAAAAGAAUAUUAGGAGAACUAAACUUGAGUGUUGAAGCCAUGCUCAUGCCUGAAUGCGAGUCACCGGAUUCGGAGAGGGCUGAGGAUAGAGACAAUAUAGAAGAAUUGUUGAGGGUCGGACCCACGGACGAACUAUUAUCUCCCGCGAGUUGUAAUCCUCCAGAUUUAGAUAGUGGUUUUAGUGGGAGUAGUAGUGGUGCUAGUUAUGUGCUGAUGAUUGUCAGUUACGUUGCCCUAGAGAAAUUCCGUCACCUCGAAGUUCCAGCUGCGGAGAUGCUAAAUCGACAGGCUUCUGGAAUAAAAAAGCUUGGAAAAAGAUAUCCGGCUUUUCAAGUUCAAAUAGCAUCAACAAAGCGGGUCUUACGGGUCUGCUCGUUAGGUACACUUUCCGGCGUAAGUCCGGGUCGCAGGGCUCGCAAGGCAAGCGAAGACCUGAGCCCGUCAAAUGCGACGCGUGCCUCUCCCAACGAUGUUAGCCGGUCAAUGAUGAAGCCUGUAGGCCAAGCAGAGCUAAAUCCCGAACUGCUACUAUACCGUACAGCUACUCAAACGGAAAACUGGUGGUGCCGCUGGAUUCCCUAG